AACUAUCUGACAUCUUGUAAAAGUUGACAAUUUUCAUGUUUUGUCUCUGCGCAGUUGUCAUUAUCGAGAUAGGUUCCAAUUAAAGACAUCUUGCAAUUGCAGUACACCGUUCUGUUUUUGGAUUUGCUUAAUACCUUAAUUGCUCAAAAUGUCAGACAUAAAAAUUGUCGCAGCAAGUAUUGUUAACUUUUUGAGACAGCAGCUAGAGGACGAGUCGUUAAACAGUGAUUCCAAAGAGAGCGUAGAAGUCGGCGUGCAGUGUAUAGAGACCGCUUUCGAGCUGAGCCGAGAGGAACUAAGCAAAGGCGUAGAUUUGCUGCAAUUGAUCAGGCAGCAGCGCGGUACAGACGCCGCCAGCCGCGCAGAAGCCGAGAAACUUAAAAAUGAGGGUAACGAUUGCAUGAAAGCAGAAAAGUACCGCGAAGCUUUCGACAAGUAUACGAAAGCCAUAAAAAUCGACCCUCGCAACGAAGUGUUCUACUGCAAUCGCGCCGCCGCGCAUUUUAAACUCGGCGAACACGAAGCGGCGAUAGCAGAUUGCAUGGAAGCCCUCGUGCUGCAGCCGAACUACGGCAAGGCGCACGGGCGGCUAGGGCUGGCGCUAGCGGCGCUGGACAGGCACCGCGAGGCGCGCGCCGCAUUUGCCCGCGCUGCGCAGCUCGAUCCCGACAACGAAUCUUACAAGGAAAACUUGCGCUUGGCUGAUGAAAAACUGAAUCAGGCUGGUCAACGAGACUCUUUGGACUUGGGUGGUUUAUUACAGAACCCGGCACUGUUAAAUAUGGCAACAGAGAUGCUCUCCGAUCCCAACAUGCAGAACCUUAUAUCUGGUUUAAUGAACAAUACGGGCUCAUCUCCAAGCACCGGUGGAAUGAACGUCCUAUUGGAGGCGAGCCAGGCCCUGGCACAGCACAUGCAGGCUGCCAACCCUGACCUGGUGGACCAGCUGAGGCGCCAGGUUCGCCCACCGGGCCCAGGGGACCAGCAGCCCCCGGCUCAGUGAGCAUCUGGCUGGCGUGGACGGAGUGUAAGAGACUGAUGGCCUUCAUUUCUCACUCUUAUUGAUACAUGUUGCAUGUAUAUAAAAAUCCACCAUCCCGAGUUAUGUAUUUCAUUUGCAAAGCAAAACCUCGUUACCCGCUGCCUGUCAUUACAUUUGCUGCACACAGCAGCUGUGUGUGAUGUUUUAUAUCUCUGUUUAAUCAGUUUUCAUAUCUUUUAGUUGCUUUUGUUUCCUGUGUCGGUGCUCGGAUAUGUUUAAUGAUAAUUAUAAUUGUUAUGUUCAAAUCUUUAUUUUGGGGUUUUGUGAGAUAUUACAUUAGGUAAAUUAAUUUGGUCCACAGUUUUAAUAUCACAAAUAAGGAAUAUAUUUCCUGACACAUUUUAUUUGAAGGUAAUACUACCAGCAUUAGUGCUGUAUAUGGUUAAUAAUGUCUAAAUCAUAUGUAUACUGUACUGUACAGCAAAGCACUGUGAUGUCAACUCUCAUAGCUGGAAUAUUCUGCAUUUCUUAUUAUUGUCAAUAUAGAAGUUUUGACAUUGUUGUCAUUUAUGUAUUGUCAUAUUUUAAUAAACAUAAAUAUCUUACAGAGA